CUGUAUGCGAAAACGAACAUUCAAACGUGGAAGUUUCUCCCAUCUCUGGUCAUAAGAACCUUCCCUGAAUCGCAGCCACUUAUUAUCAACUUUUUUAUUAUCAACUUAAACCAAACGCCAAACGCUAAACGCUUUUUCUCUCCAAACACACCCCAAACAAAAACUCUAGGGUUUCCAAUUCCAAUUUCCCCCAAACGAUGUUCUUACACCUCUAGGGUUUCCACAAGCUCUCAAUUCUCAACCACUUUACGCGAUCAUCGUCAACCACAACAACGAUAAGAACAAGAUGUAUAGCAAUUUCAAGGAACAAGCAAUAGAAUACGUGAAACAAGCGGUACAAGAAGAUAACGCCGGAAACUACGCAAAAGCGUUUCCUCUAUACAUGAACGCGUUGGAGUAUUUCAAAACGCAUCUCAAGUACGAGAAGAAUCCCAAAAUCAAAGAAGCUAUUACUCAGAAAUUCACUGAGUAUCUUCGUCGUGCCGAGGAGAUCCGAGCUGUUCUCGAUGAUGGCGGGCCGGGACCUGCUUCUAAUGGGGAUGCUGCGGUUGCUACGAAGCCGAAAACGAAGCCGAAGAAUGGGGAGGGUGAUGGAGAGGAUCCGGAGCAGUCGAAGCUUAGGGCGGGGUUGAAUUCGGCGAUUGUGAGGGAGAAACCGAAUGUGAAGUGGAAUGAUGUUGCUGGGUUGGAGAGUGCUAAACAGUCGUUGCAGGAAGCUGUUAUCUUGCCUGUGAAGUUUCCUCAGUUUUUUACUGGUAAAAGACGACCUUGGAGAGCAUUUUUGCUAUAUGGACCACCUGGAACAGGUAAAUCAUACUUGGCUAAGGCUGUUGCAACUGAAGCCGAUUCUACGUUUUUCAGUGUUUCUUCAUCAGACCUCGUUUCAAAGUGGAUGGGUGAAAGUGAAAAGCUGGUUUCAAAUCUUUUUGAAAUGGCUCGCGAAAGUGCACCUUCCAUCAUAUUUGUUGAUGAAAUAGAUUCUCUAUGUGGUACUCGUGGAGAAGGCAAUGAGAGUGAAGCUUCAAGACGAAUUAAAACUGAACUUCUGGUGCAGAUGCAGGGGGUCGGACACAAUGAUCAAAAAGUUCUCGUUCUUGCAGCAACAAAUACACCAUAUGCUCUAGACCAGGCAAUAAGGCGGCGUUUUGAUAAGCGUAUAUACAUUCCACUACCAGAUUUAAAGGCUCGCCAACACAUGUUCAAGGUGCAUCUAGGAGACACUCCUCAUAAUUUGACUGAAAGUGAUUUUGAACACUUGGCUCGCAAGUCAGAGGGGUUUUCAGGUUCAGAUGUAUCUGUCUGUGUGAAGGAUGUUUUAUUCGAACCUGUUCGUAAAACCCAAGAUGCCAUGUUUUUCUAUAAGAGCCCGGAAGGUAUGUGGAUACCAUGUGGACAGAAGCAACAAAAUGCAGUACAAAUUACAAUGCAGGAUCUUGCCACACAGGGACUUGCUUCAAAGAUCCUUCCUCCACCUAUAUCAAGAACCGAUUUUGACAAAGUACUUGCUAGACAAAGGCCUACAGUGAGCAAAUCUGACCUUGAUGUUCACGAGAGAUUCACCAAGGAGUUUGGAGAGGAAGGUUAAUGCUAAUGGAUUUUAUUUCAAAGAUCCACACUUGUUUAAAUAUAUUGUUAUAAUUUGUACAAGUUGUAAGUUACCGAGCUAUUGGAUCAAAUGAAAUGCAUCUUUUUUAUUUAUCAUGGUGGAUGUGAAUCCCCCUCUUGUACUGAAGUGGAUGCUGAAUUUACUUCUAAAUUGUGUAUAAAAAACAGAAUCUGAAAUAAUCAGAAAAAUAAUUUGUAUGUGA